CAGCCAUCAGUUUAGUGUUGAUGUCCCGGAGCUUGUGGGAAAUGCAAACUCGUCACCUGUCUGUGGAGCUGAUGUGCCAGUUUAAACUGAGCGAAUCAAAAUAAUGAAGCACUUUAAAAAACAUAUAAUAUUACAAAAUAUUAUUAUUAUUAUUAAUCCCUGUGCCAUAACUGUGUUUGCCUUCAAGAACCCAGAACCCCACCCUGCUGCUGCUACACACAUCCUACUGUAUUAGUCAAAUGUUUUUUUUUUGUUUUUGUUUUUUUCACUUCUUGCGCAAACGUAAAGCUGAUGCCUAGAAUUGAGCAAGAUCUGCAGCGCACGAGUUACGAGCAACCAAACACACUCCUCGCUUCUAAAUGAUGUUGUGUUUCAGGUGACAAGGAGGGGCUGCGCGUCUACCUCCGAGGCAGGCGCACUUCCUGCAUUGUCCACUACGAUAUAUAAACCCGCAAAGACGGACUUCUCCUGGAGCACUCACAAAGUUUGCAAAGCGCAAAAACGCCUCACUUGCAGCCCUCCUCUCUCCGAUCAGUCACAGGGGCUUUAGAGGGGGAUACCGCCUUGGCGACGCAGGCACAAGGUACCGAGCGGAGCAAGAAAAGAACCAUCCGGGACGCGGGAUAUUCUGUCGGGCAGUUUCCUAAAAAAAAAAGCAAUCAUGAAACCUCAGUUGUUUGCCAUAGACUUAAUACUUUUGUGCAUAUGGUGCGGAGCAAGUGCACUGGAGACGAGUAUUCCUGCUGCGUCCGCGUCCUUCCCGGCCGCCAACAUCACCAAUCUUGCGCACAUCUCUGGAACAGACACCACGGCUCUUUCUAAAAGCAGGCGGAAGCGUUACAUUAGUCAGAACGACAUGCUUGCCAUUCUUGAUUACCACAACAAAGUGAGAGGGAAGGUUUUUCCUCCAGCCUCCAAUAUGGAAUACAUGGUGUGGGACGACACACUCGCGAAGACCGCAGAGGACUGGGCUCAUGCCUGCCUGUGGGAGCACGGGCCACCUCACCUCCUCAGGUUCCUGGGUCAAAACCUCUCAGUCAGGACAGGACGCUACCGAUCCAUUCUUCAGUUGGUGAAACCCUGGUACGAUGAGGUUAAAGAUUACUCCUUCCCAUACCCCCGUGACUGCAACCCUCGAUGCCCACUCAGAUGCUAUGGACCCAUGUGCACCCAUUACACACAGAUGGUGUGGGCAACGUCCAACAAAGUUGGCUGUGCUGUACACACCUGCCACAACAUGAACGUAUGGGGCUCGGUGUGGAAGAGGGCGACGUAUUUAGUUUGCAACUACUCACCCAAGGGCAACUGGAUCGGAGAGGCUCCCUACAAAGUGGGCGUGCCCUGCUCCGCCUGCCCACCCAGCUACGGGGGCUCGUGCAGCAACAACAUGUGCUUCCCCGCUCUCAAGACAAACUACCUGCACUGGUUCAAAUAAACACAGGUCUCCUCCUCGACACACAUAAGCUGACAACCUACAGUACCACAGAGACAUUAUUCUAAUUCAGUGAGGACUUGCACAACAGUCGUGGACCACACUAUUUUUUGUAUAUAUAUGAGCUUAUUUAAAGACAAAAAAACGUAAAUUUGAAGGCAGCAGGCGAUUUUACCGUUGAUGACUUGUAAAUAAUCUGUAAAUUAAUGUGUUUCAUUGUUACCAGAAUUUGCUUUGACUAUUUUUAAUUUAUAUGUAGAAAUGGGUCCUUAAACCAUGCAUAGUUCAUGUGGUGCUGCAAACAGUUUUUUACUAUAUUAGUUUACCGUUGACAAUGUGGUAAUUAAGGACAUUACAACCAGAGCAGCCUCCUCGUAUCUGCUCACCUCGGUGCUACGGGCAUCACACCUUCAUGCUGUGUGCUCUGCCUCCACAGGAAUGUUGUGAUAUAAGGAUCAAAGCUUUUGACCUCAAAGGGGGGAAACCUACGCUGCCAGUGUCAGCUUUGCAGUCGCCUUAAGGUUCCAUACGUGUCCGUCAAUAAGUUGGGGGUGGAAAAAAAAGAAAAGAUCUCCAUUCAUUCAAGCGCUUGGUUCCAGCACAGGACUCCUCUCUCGUCAGAAGCUAGUUCAAACAACAACACUGGUCAUUUUUCACUCCGUUUUUUUUUUUCCAGUUUCUUAAUCUGCACUAAUUAGUUUGCGUUUCAUUGCAGACACUUCAUCGUUUCGGGGGCAUUUCACUGGUUUCAUUCACAUCUCACAUAGACCUGACCCACAUAUCUGUUCUGUUAUCAUGUAUUGGUUAAUUAUAAACCAAUAUACUGACGUUGAUCAUGUUUUUAUUAUUGAUGACUGAUGUAGUUUUAGUCGGGCACUCAAGUUCACCUUAAUUGUUUGUAAAUUUCUAAAAUACCAGGAAAUGAUUAUAUAUAUAUUUUUUUUGUAGAUAAUCAUUAUACCUUGACUAUCUUUAAAACACGUAUACUGUAAGUUAUUCAUUUUUAUAUUGGAAAAAAAAAUAUUUAAGUGAUAUUCAUUUUUUUUUAUUGUUUUGUAAGAGGGUUGCAGUGUAAUGAAAAGGUACUCCGCAUUAUUCAAGAAGGAAGGAAAGUAGAAAUAAAAGAACAUUUUCAGCACUGACUGUAUUUAAAUCACAACAAGCUAUUUAUGCAGUGAACUGUGUUUUUCCUGUUGUGUUUUGUACUUGUAAUAAAAUGGUCUAUUUUGA